AUGCCUGGCCUUCCAGCGAGCAUCGAUCUGGAUGAAUGUAUUGAGCGGCUGUACAAAAAGGAAUUGCUGGCCGAGUCCGUUAUAGAGGCGAUAUGCGCCAAGGCAAAAGAGCUAUUGAUGAAAGAAAGCAAUGUCGUGCACAUUGCCGCUCCGGUCACGGUCGUCGGCGACAUACACGGUCAGUUCUACGACUUAAUUGAGAUUUUCAAAAUCGGCGGCUUCUGCCCAAACACUAAUUAUUUGUUCCUUGGAGACUACGUCGACCGCGGUCUUUUCAGUAUUGAAACCAUUUCCUUACUCAUAUGUCUUAAACUGCGAUAUCCACAACGCGUCCAUCUUAUUCGAGGGAACCACGAAUCUCGCGGCGUCACACAGUCCUAUGGCUUCUAUACCGAAUGUGCCCGGAAAUACGGAAACGCCAAUGUCUGGCACUAUUUUACAGAUAUGUUUGACUUUCUCACUCUUAGCGUGGUGAUUAACGAUCAAAUAUUUUGCGUACAUGGUGGGCUAUCUCCCUCCAUCCACUCUAUUGACCAGAUCAAGAUUAUCGAUCGAUUUCGAGAAAUUCCACAUGAGGGCCCCAUGGCAGACUUAGUCUGGUCGGACCCUGAUACAGAACGCGAUGAAUUCUCUCUAUCUCCUCGUGGGGCGGGAUAUACAUUUGGAGCGCAAGUAGUAAAGAAAUUCCUCGAGAUCAACAGUAUGUCUCACAUACUACGAGCACACCAAUUAUGCCAGGAAGGGUACCAGAUAUUAUACGAGGAUAGAUUGAGCACUGUAUGGAGCGCGCCAAACUAUUGCUAUCGAUGUGGAAAUCUGGCGAGUGUUCUGGAAGUGAGUGAUACAGGAGGGCGAUACUUCAAUAUCUUCGACGCGGCACCAGAGAAUAAUGACAUCCAUCGGAAUGAGCAACAAGCUCAGCAGGGAAAACAUGCACCGAACCCAGCUUCCGAAUAUUUCUUGUGA